AUGAGCGCGUCGUGGGCAAUCGGCCUCAUCAUAGGCGGACCCAUUGGGAGUGCAUUUUCAGAGAGGGUCACAUGGCGAUGGGCAUUCUUGUUAAAUCUGCCUUGCGCAGGGGCAACUAUUAUCUUGGCUUACUUCUGUGUUCCAGAAACGAGGUUUUUGCCUGAUGAGAACGACUCCAUCCUCAGGCGCCCGAGGCGAUUGGACUGGGCUCCAAUUCUGCUGAACAUUGCAAUGCCGGUCCUGUUCGCGCUCGCCUUGACAUUCUCUGGCAGUGUUUGGCACUGGGAUUCACGACCCGUCCUGGGUGUUUGGCUGUCUUUCGGAUUAGUGUCAUUGCUGUGGGUGUUAUACCUUUGGUCUAAUGUUGAAUGGAGUGGCCUGCUUCUUCACACCCGCACCCAACUCAGCAUGUGGGCUCUGUUGGCGGGCUCGGCCUGCGCAGGCGCGUCCUACGCAAUAUCGUUGUAUUUUUUCCCUCUCUACUUCGCUUUCGCAAAAGGGGCAGAUGCGCUCGAGCAAACCCUGUGGGUGCUGCCGUUUGUCUUUGCUUUCAUAGCUUCCGUUGCGGCUACUGGCCGACUGCUGCAUAUUGCUGGGUUCUAUAGGGCGAUAUACGCCGCCGGUGGCGCAAUACUUGUGGCGGCCGGAGUGGCAUUGACAGUCAUUUUGACACCGGAAACUCCCAGAGCGCAAGUUGCUGGUCUUGAGGCUUUGGUGGGCAUCGGCGUUGGUCUGCUGUUUCAGCACAGCAUUGGAAUCUGCAACGCUCUGGAAAGGUCCAAAGAUAAACGGAAACGACUUGACAGCAUCUUCAUGUGCAAUUUUGCUCAGAUGGGAGGCAUCCCCAUGACUCUCGCAGCUUCCUGGGGCAUCUUUCAGAAUGUCGGUUACCGCCUCCUGGCCCAGAGCUUAGGGUCGACGUUGAAUGAGAUACAAAUUCGACAACUCCUCGCAGGUAGCUCAACCAACACACAAAAUGGAGCCCUAUUGCGCAAAGGCGCAGAUAUUGUGUGUAUAGUGAUAGCCCGAGAGUUUUACAUUGUUGCUGCAGCCGGCGGUGUGAGCGUCAUGGUUGGGUUACUGUUUUUGGUGUGUACGUGGAGUGAGAAGAUAGACUUUAGCAACCCCGUUGAAGCCGGCGAGAGUGUUGAGGUGGUCGAAAACACCAGCUGA